CAAUCAAUGUCAUGGUGUUGACCCAACCGGGUCUCUGUAUACAAAGGAGGUUUGAUAAGGAACUCUAAACGUGGUGCAGUACCGUAAGAUGGUGUACCAAAUGUCAGAAUUUGGACACGGAUGUUCGAGAAUACUGCUGGUGGCCUUGAACGUGCUAUGUAUCGUCACGGCACUCUUCAUCUUCGGUUUCGCCGUGGUCGACACCCGCAUCCUCCACCAAUAUGGCGAAGAAGAGGCAGCAGGCACCUACGUGGGCGACAUGCUAAUCAUUGCCGCCUGUACACUGCUGAUCAUCAUGGGCAUUUUCGGCAUCAUUGCGGUUUUGAGGAACAGCGUCAAGUUGCUAUACUUGUACGUUGGCUUCCACGUCAUCCUCAUGGUGAUGGAGGUGAUGCUGGCCAUCUAUGUGGCGCUCCAGCGUUACGGGCUCGAGUACAAAGUCACCAGCUAUCUGAGGGAGGACUUCUUCCGCAACGUUACUGGUGAGGAUGUGGGGACACAUCGGCAGUAUUGGGAGUUCUUGGAGGCUAACUACGAAUGCUGUGGUCUGAACGGGCCAGAUGAUUACCAAAUCGUGAACUCGCCUGUGAGCGUGGCUUGCUGCCCACGCGCAUAUCGCUCCCGCACCGCUGCUGUGCAGACGCAGCUCUACCGUAACUGUCUCAAUAUCAAGGCCUUCUACACAGAAGGUUGCGAGGACGCCAUUUUGUACGCGCUACGUGACUCGGCUGACUGCAUGAUCGGCGUCGCCUCUAUGUGCUUCUGGUUUGAGGUGACCGGGACGGUGCUGUCAUUGAUGGUGGCUCACAACCUGAAGAACAGGGUACAAGUUUACAAGAAAACUGUUAAAUAUUAGCUCGCAA